GUGGGUUACAAACAAGUUCAAACAUGAGUUACUGGUUUAAUGACUGGUCUCAUCAAACACCAACUCCUAUUAUAGUGUCACUUGAUUUGAUCCAAUAGUGUAGUGAUUCUUAGCUAUCAGCAGAUGGCAAUAGGAGCCAACUGAGGGGGUCGGGCUAUAAUUCAUCCCCAGGGGAGGGGAGUUAAUUUUCAAGAGAAAUUGCUUUGUCGUCUAAUAGACUUCCCACAGUAUGUAGGCUACUUUAAUUUUCCUCCCGAUCUCUCUAGCGGUCACUGCUCUGUUUGUAUUCUCAGAAGGCAGUGAGUUUAUUGGACUAUCAAUGUAAUCCAGGAUAGCCUGCAAGAGGCAUGCGGUGGUUUAACUAAAAUCUUACAGACCUUCUGGGUACUUGGAAGUAACUUGUAAGACAAUUGUAUUUUGUUUAGGGUAUCCUCCACAAUUACGUUCUGAGUAUAGUACGGCUACAUCUUACCAAGAACUAAAUAUGACGCUCGACACCUUUUCUCUACUCUUCCCUCAUCGUGCAGGAAAGCUAUUGACUGAAGGGGAAGUAGGUAAAACACUAAUAUGCCAGAAGAAAUGCUGUUCUUACCUUUAGCUCGUGUGGGCCAUUAGGAACUGGGCAUAAAUGGAAAACUGACUCAGGCCUUAAAUAACCCAUGAUUACAUAUUUGGGGAUAAUUUCUACCAGUUCUAACCCGAGCUGUUUCGCAAACGAUCCGAUUUCAGCGCGCCACGACCCAAUGCCCAGUGGUUGAACUGCGGAGAGAACUUGAACACAAACUGGAUUUAUAACUCAACCAAAGAGUUUGACUAUGCAGUCACAUAGCAGAUCACUCAUCACUUGACGGCAAUUUUCAAUCACAUCUGAAUGACAGUCCAUUGCACGGGCGAACGAGGCUGCAUUAAAAAGGGCAUCUCUCUGGAGAAGCGCUUCUCCGGGGCUGUGGAAACAAAUAAUGGCCUCAAUCGUCUUUUGUGCAACAGGCUUGUUACCAAUGCGGACGAAGACCAUUUCAACGCAGAGGGCCAUGAGAAGGCCUCGCUGUGGAGUCCCAGACAAAUCUGUUGAGCAGGCUGAGAAUGGUUUGAGGUGGAAACGCUACGCUCUCACUGGCCAGAAGUGGGACAAGAACCUUCUGACUUACAGCAUUAUGAACAUCACCCCAAAGGUUGGUGAGGUUCGGACACUGGAGGCCAUCCGCAGAGCUUUCGAGGUGUGGGAGCGCGUGACUCCACUGAGCUUUGAAGAUGUCGCUUUCCAAGACAUCACUAACAGCAGCCAGGACAUGCUAGAUAUCAUGCUGUUGUUUGCAUCUGGUUUCCAUGGAGACAUGUCUCUGUUUGAGGGCGAGGGGGGGUCUCUGGCUCAUGCCUACUACCCAUGGUCCGGGAUGGGCGGAGACACGCACUUUGACGCUGAUGAACCCUGGACCCUUGACAACCACGAUCCAUCAGUCAAGGGAAAACAGAUUUAGCCCUGAGUGUUGAAAGACUGAGACCUCAAGAAAAGGGAGUUUCUUGUGAGAGUCAUUAGUCCUUUGUACCACACGGUUUCAUGAUCGUUUCGCACCGGUGACAGCGACUACCCGAAACCUGUCUCCAGGUGGGGCAAGGUCCCAUCCUCUCCUAAAGGAGCCUUCCUCAGCGAUGAUGGCGGUGAGUGAGUUGUUAUAGGGGAUAAUGGCUGUAAAAAAUGGAGGGAGGCUAUAGAUACUGAGCUGAGAGGGGAAAGAGUUUGGACACAUGGAAUGCCUGGCAAAGGUUAUCUCACGCAGGUAUCUCAUAAUUCCUCCUCUCCCACCAAAGUCCCACCCCAGCUAAUGCUUUUCAAAGCUGUUUCCUAUAGUGAAUAAACAACUAUGAUGGUCAAAUGUCUUCCAGAUAAGUAGUUUUUUAUUUUUCCAUUUUCAUCAAAAGGGAUAGGUACUUGUGAAGGAGAAUUAAAAAUAGUCUCUAGUCCAAGUGAAGGCUUCUCCUUCACAGUACUGUAACUAUUACUAAUGGUGAACAGGACUAGCACAGGUCUGCAAUGACAGUAUCCUGUGAAGUGUGAUGAACUUGUCAAGAGUUGGAGCAGAAGAUGCAUACCCAAAGAAGGUUAACAAACGAAUGACUCAAACUUGAAAAAAUGAACAAAUAGCAUUUCCACAGUAAAUUCCCUCGGUGCUUUUCAACAUUUGCCUCAACAAUAUUUGUCUUCCCUACCCAGCUUACACAUACUUCUACAAGGGCUCCAGGUACUGGAGGUUUGAUAACCAGAAGAUGAAGGAUGACCCAGACUACCCCAUAUCCCCAGUGUGGACCCAGAUACAGAUGACACAGUUACAGGCCGCAAGUGGCCAACAGUGGACCAGCCAAAACCACAACCACCAGUUGGCUCAGUCCCGGAUGAGGUGGACAGAGAGACCAAUAAGGAUUACACCAACGAUGUGGAUUAUGAACCUGAUGCGAAGGACAAAGGGGUGGAUGUGGUGAGGAUGGCUGAGAACGAGGCCAAGGUUAUAACCCUGAUCAUAGUGACCGUGCCCCUAGUCCUGGUGCUGUUCAUCCUACUAUUGAUUUAUGCUAUUAUCAACACCCUUCAGAAGAAAGAGGUCGCCCAGACUUUUGGUCCACUGCAAACGAUCCCUGCAGGAGUGGGUUUGAUCUGCUCCAGAAAUGGAUUCACACACACGCAAACACAUACACACACCAUACAUAGGCACAUUCCAUUUGAACACAUAUAUACACACAAGCAUUACAUAAAAAUACAAGCACACAGUUUCCCUAUCUUUCCUUCAUGGUGCUUUACCCGAUCUUGAUUUAAGCCUGUUUAUAACAGAUAUUAUGCACUUUUAACGUCCCGUGUUUAGAUUUUUGUUAGUUGCGGUUGUAGUUUUAAGCGUGUUUAGCUACAGAUUUCCGUGAAUGUCCUUAUAAAACAGAGUGGUGGUGCGUGAAUGUCUAACAGUUGUGUGUGCUGUUAACACAAGACCACCGCCUCCCACUGUGUCUUUCCUCUAGGGGGGGUAGUACCCUAGCAGAGCUAUAGCCUAUGCAGACUAGUAGGCCUAGGCCAUCUCCAUUGGAAGGAGAUGAGGAGGGGGGAAGGAGGUGGGAGGGAGGUGGCACGAAGGGAAGGGUCGGAGCUCCAUUGGCAUUGUGCUUCAUGAACUUGAUUAACGAGUCACUCUCCUAUUUUUUUCAUACUUUUUUCCAAAGCGGUUUGGCUGGAGAUAUCUUCCUGUGGGACUCCCCUCUCCCAUGCUGUCAUGUUUCACUGUAGACAUACUCCAUCUGCAGUCUCUCUUUAUCUGGGAGUCUGCUCUCCACUGUCUGCCUAGGAGAGGCUUUAAUGCUCAUCUGUGAUGAUAUGUCACAUGGGUUUGUGAUGAGAACAGUUUGUAUUCAUUUUGAACUUAACCAUAAGUGACGUCCUAUAAAUCUUCUUGUCAUUUAAAGAAAUGGAAAUGCCCCUCUUUGCACCCUCGCCCUUUGUUACCAACUCUUUGUGUGCCAACUUCUCUCAUUCAGAGGCCAAAUACUUUUUAUACAACACCCAGAGUGCAAUUGUUGUAUUGUGCAAUUGACAGAUGAAGACCAAUAGUUAAAGGUUUUUCCUCAGCAAAGACACUAUCACAUGUAAAAAACAAUGGUCGUAUAUACUUCAGGUUUGUGGUCAAUUUUGUAUCAACAGUGUUCUGUCAUUUAUUGUUUGUGUUUUGUAUUGGUUGGCUGUUGGAGAGGAAGGAAUACUUAAAAUUGUAGUUGUACAAAAAUGUUUUUAUUCCAGUUUUUUAAAUUUGUACAUUUGUAAUGUGUUCUCUGUCUGUUAGCAGAGUUAAAUGAUGCAUGCAGGACAUGCUCUGUAAAGCUUUUACACAAAUAUAUAAAGAUUUUGCAAUAAAACAUGAAUUAAGGCAAA